AUGGAUCACACACGCGACCCCUGCCCCUGGGUCAUCCUCAACGACUUCGGCGGCGCCUUCUGCAUGGGAGCGAUCGGCGGCACGAUAUGGCACGGCAUCAAGGGUUUCCGAAACUCCCCUUACGGUGAGCGUCGCGUUGGUGCCAUCACGGCCAUCAAGAUGCGCGCUCCCGUUCUCGGUGGUAACUUUGGCGUCUUUGGCGGCCUCUUCUCCACGUUUGAUUGCGCCGUGAAGGGCAUCCGCCAGAAGGAGGAUCCCUGGAACGCUAUCAUCACCGGCUUCUUCACCGGCGGUGCGCUCGCCAUCCGUGGUGGCUACAAGUCGGCGAGGAACGGUGCCAUUGGCUGCGCUGUGCUCCUCGGUGUCAUUGAGGGUGUCGGUAUUGGCUUCCAGAAGCUGAUGGCCGGAAGCACCAAGCUCGAGGUAUAUUCUCUCGUGCUCUUCAACCGCGAUUGA